AUGCAACCGAGCCCGUCGCCGAUUCCCAUCUAUGUCGGCGACGGCUGUGGUCAGGCGAGCUAUAAAAUGUUCUGGGACGGAGACCCUAGCAGGCAGUCGUUCAUCAGUGUUGUGGGACUGUCAUCACCUCAGGUCUCUCCAUCGAGACCACGGCCUCUGUCGGCGCCCGCGCGAGGCGCAUAUCUCUCUACCUUUCACUCACCAAGACAAAAAUACCUAUCCCAGUGGUCAGUUGGAGGCUUCGAGGUCGGCAGCGAGCAGCCAAUUCGUUCGAGCUCGAAACAGCAUGCGUAUGUGGCAAGAGAAAGGUCCCCCCGCUCCACGCACCAAGAAGAGAAUGGCCUUGGCGUUGAGAGGGUGCCGGUGCUUGAACGAAUGCGGGAGAAUACUUGCAUGAGAGACGCCAAGCUAAGCAUAGGGGACCGGAAGAGGCUGGAGCGUCUGGGGCAGGCCCAGAGGCGAAACCUCGAGUUGAUAGCUGCACUCCAGACGGCUAAAGCGAGGGCCGAGAAGAAGGCUAGGAAGGCUCAAGACAAGGUCAAUACUCUACAGCCAGUCCCAGGGAAAGAGGUUGCCACGUGGAAAGUCGAGGUAACGCUGGUGCCGGGAAGGAGCAACGUUUCCUCGCUGUUCGCCCUAGAAACAAUGCCAAGCCUUCCUUCCAGAAGGAUGGCACUAGUUGCAGCAGGAGCACAAUUUCCCCGUGCGCAGCAGCACCGGGAAAGCGGAGAAGGUCAACCCGUGGGGACGGCGACGUCGCCGGUCGAGGAGCGCAUCGACAAUACGGCGCGGGGCGGCUGCGUCCACAGCAGCGACGACGGCGGCGGCUGCAGCGGGGAUACUCGGGGUUACCACGUGACGAGCAGUAGUCGACACGAUACGGCCCCGAAGGUGCUCUUGGCGCGCGAAACGGAAGCUGCGCUUAGGCGCGAGCAGAGAGUGGCGGCGGCAAAGGAAAAGGAAGAGGAAGGGCUACGUCUGUCAUCCUCGUUCCGCGCCAAGGAGCUGCAUGCCACAAACGGCCCCGAUUGGGCGACUAUCAAGGCGCACCAAGACCUUGUCCGGAAGCAACGAACCAGAGAUCGCGCCGCAUUUCUAGCCGCGACGUCUUCCCUUCCCGCGCGCAUGGCGCAACACGCUGCCAUGCAGGCCGUUGCUGAAGAUCGGGCCAGUGCCAACGUGCGCAGCGGAGUUCGGGAUACGAAUGGUGACAAUGGCGGGAGGGGCUCGGUGGGUGGAGGGGCGGGAACGGUGGAUCCGGGGGACAUAGGGCGGGUGAUGAAGAGACGGCAAGAGAGGCGAGUUUUCGAGAACCGCGGACUUGUCGCCCAAACCGCAUAUAAUCUAGCAUGUUUACCACCUCGCAGGAGACUGUUGACUACGACGAUGGUGGGCAGACGGAAGUGGGAAGCGUCGCUCGCCGCCGCGAAGGCUUGCUCUCGAGUCGCCGUAACCCGGCCCCUGACCCCGCCAAUGGAAAAACGCCGCCUGGCUCAAGAGGCCAAGCGACGAGAGAAGGAGAACGCCGAUCAGAGCGCCAGAGAGGCGGCGGCGAAUCAGCGGGUACAGGACGAAAGACAGCAUUUUCAACAGCUCGUCGAGAUGCUUCGGGCCACCGGGAGAACCUUUCGAGAGACCAAAGCGUCCGUGAGGAAGGCCCAGGAGGCACGAAAACAGAUUGUUAAGGACCUAGAGGAAGAGAAGCAGGCGGAGUUCCGAGAGAGGUGGAGGUUGAACCGAUCGGGACUUCGCCUAGCUCUCCGCAAGCGGCCCAACCUGCUGGAGAGGCAGGAGAAGUUCGCUCAGCAGCACUCAAAACGGCUGGCCGAUCAAGCCGCGAGUGCCAGAGAGUUUUUGGAGAGCACGGAAGGCUUCGCUGCGGUCGGGCGGCGCACCUUGCCGGGCGGCGGAAAGGGAUGGAUGGAAAAGGCCGCCAGAGACAACACGUUUAGCUCGAACGAGAAGGCCGAGCUGGGCCUACCUGUUCUCGUCGAAGACGACGACAACACCAAAGGGGCCAGCGCCGACGGCAUCGCCGUAACCGACCAAGACUUUGUCUUCACCGGGGCCGACAAAGACGCAAGCGACUCACCCGGCGGUGACAAUAGUAGUGGCGGAGACCACGAAGCGCCAUCGGGAUUGCGGGGAGCGAGGGGCGACGGUGAAGCAGAAGUGGCGGCAGAAAAAGCUGCCAUGGCAGAGGGCGGUGAAAUGGCGUCAUCUUCGAGGCCGGCAUCCGCUGGGGCAGGGGGCAGUAGUGCUACUGUUAGCGCGCAAGUCAGAGACGGUGCUCGACGCCAAGAAGGCAUCCCGAUGCCGGGCAGGGGACUAGAUGAGGAAUCCCAGGCCAACAGAACGAGCAGGGCGGAGACGAACGACGGGUCUGAGGACGGGAGCGCAGGCAGCGAUAACACCUCUCGAGGAGGACAGCAGUAA